AUGGGGGACCGAUCUCAGGAUGCAGAGCCAGGUGUAGAGGUCCCGGCUUCGCCCUCAAAAAUCCGACGGACAAGAGCAGCCAACAUUGUCUCUCCGCCCGGAUCAAAGACGCCACCGAGCAUGCCCGCCAAGAAAACAAUCUAUUACCCGGAUAAUUCGAGGCAUCGCCCAGCCCAGGAAGGAUCAGAACCGGUAGAUGCCCACGCGCUCGCGAAAGCGCUGAACGACUAUGAGGAAUCCGGACGCCGGCGUGAGAGGACGCCUAUUACAAGCCCUGUCCGAAAGAGACCGCGGCUGUACGGCGAUCGCUUCAUUCCAAAUCGCGAGGGACAAGAUCUCCAAGCAACUUACAGUCUCCUCCAUGAAGAUGGCUGCCCCUCGACCCCUUCGAGAUCUAAGAGGCGGGCUCCUCACUCGGAGCUUCAUUUCCAGAAAACUGAGGAGGCCAAUCGGACCUUCUCUCGUGUUCUCCGCAGUGAACUAUUCGGAGACACUGUGCCCCAGGCAGAUCUAAACACUACCUCACCCGACCCAUUGCUUGGCUUUCCUCGUGGCAUUAACGAUAAGACCCGAUCUCACACCCCGCCCUCUAACAUCGUCAAUCUCCCUCCCGCCAGCAUCACUCCCUCAACCCCUCAUAAAAAUCUUUUCAACUAUGGACCUAGUCGAUCCGCCAAUCCAACGCCAAACAAGACGCCGCGGACACACGGCCCGAACUUAAACGUUCGUUCGGAAUUGUACAGUCUGUCUCCAAUUCGAUACGAUAGCCAGCGGAUCCUCGAAACCCCUCGCAAGCAACCCCGCUACGUUAAUAAAGUGCCUUACAAAGUUCUGGAUGCGCCAGACCUGCAGGACGAUUUCUAUCUCAACCUGGUCGACUGGGGCAGCAGCAAUGUCCUCGGAGUUGGUCUUGCGAACUCGGUCUACAUGUGGAACUCUCAAUCCGGCCAUGUUACUAAGCUAUGUGAUCUCAAGGAUGACACGGUUACCAGUGUCAGCUGGAUUCAACGAGGUACUCACCUUGCCAUUGGCACGGGCAAAGGCCUUGUACAGAUAUGGGAUGCUGAGCAUUGCCGAAGACUGCGAACUAUGAUUGGUCAUACCAACCGUGUCGGUGCAUUAGCAUGGAAUGACCACAUCUUGACAUCUGGAUCCCGUGAUCGCCUCAUCUAUCACCGUGAUGUUCGCUCCCCUGACCAGUAUCUUCGUAAGCUUGCGGGUCACAAGCAGGAGGUUUGUGGCUUGAAGUGGAAUACAGAGGAUGGUCAGCUGGCUUCCGGUGGUAACGACAACAAGUUGAUGGUCUGGGACAAACUCAAUGAGACUCCUCUUUACCGCUUCAGUGAUCACACCGCCGCCGUGAAGGCUAUUGCUUGGUCCCCUCAUCAACACCACCUGCUUGCUUCCGGAGGAGGUACAGCUGAUCGCACGAUCAAAUUCUGGAACACGUCGACUGGCUCGUUGAUCAAAGAGGUUGACACCGGCAGCCAAGUCUGCAACCUCUCCUGGUCAAAGAACUCAGACGAGAUCAUUAGUACUCAUGGAUACAGCCAGAACCAAAUUGUUAUCUGGAAAUACCCUCGCAUGGAACAAGUUGUAUCCUUGACAGGUCAUACCUUCCGUGUUCUCUACUUGGCCAUGAGCCCCGAUGGUCAGACCGUUGUCACGGGGGCCGGCGAUGAGACACUUCGGUUCUGGAAAAUCUUCGAUAAACGAGGAGCCAGGGACUCUCGCCGCGAAAAUAGCAAGCUUGCCGAGUGGGGCACCAUUCGUUGA